CUGAAAGCAGCAAAAAAUAGACUGCACGAGACCCAGUUCUUCCACUCGUGACAAUUGCGGUGAUUUCGUCAAGGUUGUUUAGGUAUUAUUUUAACAAUUACUAUUAUACGGAGGAGAAUCGAUAGGAAAGAAGUCCUCCACGUAGGUGAAAAAUCAUGGACUCCAUUAUCGAUUCAGGCAGUGAAGUAUCAGCGAUGAUUGAAAAAAGUUCUUUCCCAGAAUGCACAAUUUUUUGUAUAAUACUUCUGCAAUUAUGUAAUCCUUCGUACGCGGGAUUUAAUAUUGACAUUCAUGGAAGCAUACCAAAUGACGCCGAGGAAUAUUCCGACUGCUUAGAGAAAAUCGGACGUGUAUUGUUUAGCGAUACCAAAAGCAUUAUUCUAGUAUCUAAUAAUUCGAGUACACCGACACUUGGAAUGUUUAAAAAUAUUGCCAGAGUUCUGGUCAUCGGUAACCCUUUGAAUUUAUUAUCUGAUGAGUUUUCAGAAGGACGAGCCUUCAUUUAUCUCGAGGAGGAAAACAUUGAGAAGGACUUGGCUUUGUUGAGAGUAUUGGCGCAGCUUCAUCCCCGAAAAUUCCACGCCGUAAUUGUCGCUAUUAAUAAACGAAUGGAUGACGAUUCAAAAUUUGAUCUCCUGAAAACAGUGACAAAUUAUCUAUCAGACAUCGAACGACGUGCGGUUAUUCUUCUAAGAGACGGCACGAAAGAGGUUAAAAUAUAUGGCUACAGCAAAUUCAUCGAGGGACGUUGUGGUGAUGUCAGUGUUAUCGAUUAUGGAUUCUGUAAUGACGAUGCUGUAUUAAAGGUCGAUCCUAGAAUUCCCAAUCUGCAAGGAUGUAAAUUAAAACUCGGGGUGACACCCAUUGCACCUUAUUGGAGAAGUGCUUUUAUCAACAAUGAAUGGGUUUUCGAAGCAAUCGAAUGGAAUUUAAUGAAAACCAUUAUUAAGAAACUUAACGCAACUGCUGAAUUGAUACCGUCACUUGAUGCUAACUUUACAAGGCAGCAGGUUCAGAAAAAGGUGUUCGAUGUUGCACUCGGAUCACUUUUGUUAUUUAACAUAGAAGAUGUCACUCAUUCAAAAGUCUACAUGUUUUGGCCCUGUAAAAUAGUGAUGCCAGUAGAGCGAUUAGAACCAUUGUGGAUACAUAUAACAACUCCGUUUCAAGUUCAAAGGAUGUCACGAUUACAGGUAUGGACCAUGUUAUUCUUUACGUUUACGUUAUGUUUCACCUUAAUUAUGAUGGUCCCAAUAAUCCCGAAAAAAAUGAGGAAAGCUAGAAUCAUUACGAUAUUCCUUGGAGUCGGACGUAUCGAGAAAAAAUACAGAAAUCCAGAAAAGGUCUAUUUAUUUACGUGGUCAUUUUGUGGGUACACCGUCACGCAAGUAUAUUUUGCAAGUCUUACACAAAAAGUGAUCGUGGGUAAUUAUGUGUUGAAUAUUCGGACACUGGAUAACCUGGAAAAGGAUAAUUAUCCAGUAGCAGGGAGUGCGUACCUGAAGGAAUAUUUUCAAGAGGCAAACCCUAACCUGUACAAUAAAUAUCAGACCUUCAACCGAUCGAUGCUAAUACAUGUAUUACUCGAUGUGUUGCACCAUCGCCAGAAAAUUGCUGUUUUUACCAAUCAAAUGAUGAUUACUUUAAUGAUCGAUAAAAAGAAACACCAACAGAUUCACAUUAUGCCGGAUGACUUUCGCUUGUACUUAAUAUCAAUGGUACUGACUAAAACAACAACGAUAGAAACAGCAUGUAAUAAAAUUAUAAGCAUUAUUCAAGCAGGUGGUUUCUUUCGACAUUGGUUAAGGGAAUUCAAAGGUAAUCCUAAACUGCCGUUUCAUCCUUCUAUGCCGUUGAAUGGUCAUGAAGAUGACCUCGACGAUGAAGAAAAAACUAACCGUCCAAGAAUAUUAAAAAUCGAAGACACUCAUGGAAUUUUCAUCAUUUUUGGAAUGGGAACUUUUGUCAGUAUUGUAAUUUUCAUCGCAGAAAUUCUUAUUUCAAAGUGCAAGAUGACUGUGCAGUAUACCUUACCGUUGUAAUCAUCACAUUGAUCUGUAAUCAGUGCAUUGCGUAAAUAUAGCAAAGUUAUAAUUAAUA